UAAGUUUUGUAAUAUUUUAUUAGGGCGACGCAAAUCAGACACUCAGCAUUACCAUCAGGGUUGCUUAUCUGCAAAGACAUGGCUCCUCUUGGCUUAAUAAGCAAAUCUGAAGGUUCAAGCAUUCCGCUUAAAAGUAUUGAAAUUCACUCCAAAGUUCAUGGCUAUACAGCUGAGGUUGUAGCAACGAUGGAAUAUGAAAACAACAGAGACAUUCCCAUAGAAGCCGUUUAUGUGUUUCCUAUCGACGAGGAAGCGGCCGUCUGCGGUUUUCAAGCGACUAUAGAAGGAAGAACCAUCGUAGCUGAGAUACAAGAGAAGCAAGAAGCUCGUGAUACGUACGAUGAUGCCAUAAGUAGCGGGCACAGUGCUUAUCUGCUCGAAGAAAGCGACGAGAGCUCAGACAUCUUCCAAAUAAGCGUGGGAAACCUAGCUCCACAUAAAACAGCUAAGGUCCAGAUUACUUUUGUGACAGAACUGGCUGUAGAGAAAGAAGGAGGAAUUGUUUUUGUGCUACCUACAGUACUCAACCCUAGAUAUACUCCGAUGGACUCCCAGCAUACUGGGAGUGUAAGCACAACAAUGCCUACCAUCGCUUCAGUGAGCACAAAAUAUGCAUUUGACUUCGAACUGGAUGUACAGUGUGCAUCUGCAAUUCGAGAAAUUACCUCCCCUAGCAAUCGCCUCAGAGUUGAUAUCAAUCCAGAGGAUGACAGACAAGCCAGAGUUCUACUUGACGAAGAAUAUAAAUUUAAUGUUGAUUUGCAGGUCCACAUUUUGAGCUGUCAGCCUCGUUCGCCUCAUGCUUUGGUGGAGAACGGAGUUACCAAAACAAAAGAUGGAAGAGAGUCCAAUGAUUUUUUGGCAAAGCCGGUAGUCAUGCUAAAUUUCUUUCCCGAAUUUGACAUCUCCGCAAGUCUUGAGCGAGGAGAGUUUCUAUUUGUCAUAGACCGAAGCGGAAGCAUGAAUGGCGCAAAGAUAAGAAGUGCUAGGGAAACACUCCUCUUGUUUUUGAAAAGUUUGCCGGACAGCUGUUACUUCAACGUGAUUGGUUUUGGGAGUUCUUUUCAAAAGUUGUUCACAAAGAGUGAAGUUUACAGUGAUUCUAGUGUAGAUGUUGCUUGUUCACAUGCCCAGUCUAUGCAGGCAGAUUUAGGGGGGACCGAAAUUCUCAGACCUCUACAAGACGUGUUUUCAGAGCCUCUCAUCAAAGGUUAUCCUCGUCAAGUAUUUCUCUUGACAGAUGGCGAAGUUGGUAACACACAGCAAGUCAUUGACUUAGUGGCACGAAAUGCUUUCAAAUUAAGAUGCUUUUCGUUUGGUAUUGGCGAAGGAGCCUCCACUGCAUUAGUCAAGGGGGUUGCUAGAGCCGGAAGAGGCACUGCUGAGUUUGUUUACUCCGAAGACAGAUUGCAACCCAAGGUGAUAAAGACUUUAAAAAGUGCAUUACAGCCAGCUGUUAAAGAUGUCCAGGUUACAUGGACCCUGCCGAAAGAUUGGGAAGUCGAGGACGUUCCUACAGCAAGUCCUACCCUAUUCGCGGGGAACAGAUUUGUAUCAUUUGGAAUAUUCAACAGAAGAGAUCAGAGCAAGUACAACAAUAGGCAAAUUGUGGCGAUAGAAGGGACAGCUACCCUUACUGGGCAUGUAGAUGAAGGUCCCAACCCUUCACUUAUUCGGCACGUGAUCAAGUUCAGUGCCGUGUGCGGUAACCCAGGAGACACAAGUGUGAUGCUUCAUCGAUUAUGUGCUAAGGCAGCCAUUCAAGAAAAGCAAAAUCGAUGUGAAGGGGACAUUAAAAACGCUAGUGAUAUUAUUAAACUCCCCAUCAUUAAUCUAAGCAAGUCCACCAACAUAGUAUCAAAGUUAACGUCCUUCGUCGCAGUUGAUGAAGAUAGCCGCGAACCAGUGUCUAGGGCAAUGGAGAGACCAGUCAUGCCCAUACAAGAUGACUGUGGCAGAGUCUUUGCUCUAUGCAGUAUGAAUGCAGGGUUUGGUUAUGGAAUGUCUCAACCCAUGAUAGGUAGCGGAAGUUUCCCUCAACACAUGAUAGGUGGCGGAGGUUUCCCUCAACCCAUGAUAGGUGGCGGACGUUUCCCUCAACCCAUGAUAGGUGGCGGAGGUUUCCCUCAACCCAUGAUAGGUGGCGGACGUUUCCCUCCACCCAUGAUGGGUGGCGCAUCUUUCAAAACUGCCCAACAAGGAAUUGGAUUUUUUAGUGCGGAUUCAGCUCCACCCCCUCCAGGGAAGGCAAGUCAUUAUGCAUCAGUGACACCACCACCACCACCACCACCACCAAGAGAAUCAUCUAAAGUAGUGGGGCGUAAAACACUAGGACAUUUGAAACAUAAAUAUGGAGCAACACCUUCCGCUAGGAUUUCAAGUGAUGGUGACGUGGACAGCCAUAUAGUCCUAAUAUCAAUGCAAAAAGCGUGUGGGUCAUGGCAACCAACCACACAGCUGGCCAGUAUUUGUGGGGUCACUUUAGACACCCUGAAAAAGGCUUGUCCAAAAGAAUUGACACAAGACAACAGGGAAAGUAUGUGGGCGACAGCCUUGGCAUUAUCCUGUCUGUUUGAGAAGUUCGAAAACAAAAAAGACGAAUGGGAAAUGGUGGCAGCUAAAGGCAUCAAGUGGCUUAAAGCGAACCUGUCAUCAGACAACCACAGCUACAUUUGGAUCAUGGACAUUGCAUCAGAGUUUCUUAAGUUGUAACAAAAUUGAUAAGAAUCUGUCCAUCGAUAACGAUAGAAUAACAGUAGCCUAUUCUGAGUACGUGUGUAACUAGUUAUCACAACCUCUGAGAUUUACUACACUGGAACUGUGACGUCAUUAUCUCAAAUUACACUCCAUUUCUAUCUGUUCAAAGUAGUUAGUAAAACAUGAGGAAAAAAUUAUUAACGUAACAGUAGUAUUGACGCUAGCUAGCUCAACUGACAUGGAAAAAAAACCCGGCCUAGUUUUAGACCGUACAUUAGUUGAAGAUAGACACUUAAAACUUAAAAAGCCAAAAGGAAAAAUUAUAUUCCUUUACAGUCAAACCACCUCAUGCGUUCCUAUCAAGGUUUAAAGAUUCAUUUCAUCAUUGUAAGUUUGAUUUCCAUUCUGCUUUGAAGCCUACAUUAAUGAAACGAACGCUGUAAAUUUCAAUCCCGGUAUUUGCCGGCUCUAAAUGUUCAAUUGUGAAAGAAUUGUUUUGAACAAAACUGCACACCAAACAAAUAACUUUAAAAUGGUGAAAUAAUUUCAGCUUUGCACGAAUUCGUGAAGAACUAAAGAAACUUUUAAUCCGAGCCAAGACUUCAAAUUCAAAACGUUCGUUUCAUUAAUGCAAGUUUCAAAGCAGGAUGGAAAUCAAACUUCGAAAAAAAAUAAAAUGAAUCUUUGAAUCUUUGAAUCUUUGAAUCUUGAUAGGAACGCAUGAGCUGGUUUGACUUAAACUGUUAAUUUUUCUUUGCAACUAUACGAAAUAAAGUUAAAGAUAAUAUUAAUAUACCAUGACCAUUUUUCUACCUUUCUCGAUGUCACAGUAGUCGCGUUCGAGAUAUUUAGGGAUUUUAAGAUUUGCAAAAUCUGCGACGGCGACGUCUACCGGAAGUGUAAAUAACUUCACUUUGGGGUUUCGCACCUUCAAACUCUGUCCUCCCUGUGGAUGAGUUUAGUUUUACUGACAAUGAAUAAAAUCUCCCAUGAACAGAACCCCAAAGAGAAAUCACUCACACUUCCGGUUGACGUCACUACAUUGCAUUAUAUUGAAUUAUAACGUAGUUGAGCAGUGAACUGACUAGCACUACCAAAAUGUUCUCAUUAUUGCCGAAAGGCAGGAACGUCGUGGAUGGUUAAUUUAUUCCUACCAAUAAAUGUAUUUGGCGAUCCACGUUUGUAUCGAUCCAUGUUUGUACAAUACAUAAAGUACCAUGGGUCUAAAGCUUCGCAAUCAAUGAACGUUAAUAUAACAAACGUGGCCAUUUAAUACAAAGAUCAGCGAAACAAGACUACGUUUCGUUGUCAUCGAGACAACAUCUUCUGGUCAACGUGGACAAUUGAGGAAAAUACUGUCCAUAAAGUCGUGAACCAGAAACUUUAUUUAACGAAAAGUGUUGGUCAGUCAGCUAGCAACAUCUUCAUAUCUAUGCCACUGGUAAAUGUUCUACAAGCAUUUUUCUUUACAUUUUGUACAUUUCUCAAAAUCUAAAUACAUGUUUUAUGGAGUA